GACGAGCGCCGCCGUUUCGCUCUGCGUGCUGGGAGGAAGAAAACAAAGGAGUGGAAUAAACUGAAAAUUAAACAAUCAGUCGUGCCAAAAGGAGGGGCAAAAAAUCUGGUGAAGGAGAUUGCAGCUCUCCAGAAACACAAGGGUUGAUCAGUGGAGGAGGAUUGGCAGCAUUCCUGAGAAAUGGGAGCAAGUGAGCUUUCCCCCAUCCUUGGCUGCCAAUUUGUUAAAUGCUUCGUACCUACAGAUUAAAUAAUCUGCAGCAGCAGAGGAGUCCUUUGUAGAAUAUUGGUGACUGGAAGGCUGAAUUUGUUGUGCCAUUAUAGUGACAGCAGGUUGUUGCAAUAUGACCUUCUACUAACCCUUUCGGAAGAAGCAAGACUUCACCAGCCGUUACCCAUGUGCAUACUCUUCUUCAAGUUUGAUCCUCGUCCAGUUUCAAAAAAUGCAUACAGGCUUAUCCUAGCAGCUAAUAGAGAUGAAUUUUACAACAGACCAUCAAAAUCAGCAGACUUUUGGGAUAGCAGCAAUGAGAUCCUUAGUGGUUUGGAUAUGGAGGAAGGAAGAGAAGGCGGGACGUGGCUUGGAAUCAGUAAGAAAGGCAAGAUGGCUGCCUUGACAAACUACUUGCAGCCGAAGAUUGAUACAAAUGCAAAGGGAAGAGGUGCACUUGUAAGAAACUUCUUGACUACGGAUUUGGACAGCUUCUCUUACUUGAAGAAAGUUUCAUCAGAAGGACACCUUUACAAUGGAUUUAAUUUAAUAGCAGCCGACUUGAGCACCACCAAGGGAGAUGUAAUUUGCUACUACGGAAACAAAGGAGAACCAGAACCUAUCUUCCUAAAUGCUGGAAUCUAUGGAUUGAGUAAUUCUCUGUUGGAUACACCAUGGAAGAAACUUGAGUAUGGAAAGCAGCUUUUCACAGAGGUGAUCAAACAAAGUCAGGACCUUGCCAAAGAAGACCUGGUGCAGGAGCUCAUUAAAGUGCUGAAGAAUCAAGACCCUCAGCUACCAGAUCCCGCAUUGGAAGAUCAAGGAAAGGAGCAUGUGCAACACGUACUGAACGAAUAUGCAGCUUUGUGUGUUCGUUGCCCGGGAUAUGGAACAAGGACUAACACAGUCAUUCUCAUUGAUGCAGAAGGACAUGUUACUUUCACAGAGCGCACCAUGCUCAAUGCAGAUAUCAACCAAUGGAAAACAAGCACCUAUCAAUUCAAAUUGGAAACUUAACUUUCCAUUUGAAUGGAUCAUGAGAAAAGAAACAAGAGAACAAGCCAUUGAACUCCACUGAAGGCUUUGUACCAGCCUCCAGCACCCAGAGAUGGAAAGGAAAAGCUUAUUAAAUCCAUAGCAUACCCUAGCAACUACCAAAACCUUUUGCACAAAACCAAGGAAAGAAAGCCUUUACAGUAAAAUUUUGGCUGGAUUAAAAAUGUGUUGCUUCUUGUGCAAGUCUUUGUUUUAAGUUUAAAGGGACACAGUUUAUUUUCUAGGCAUGAUUUUUAAACUAUGUUGUUAAUGUAUAGGUGAUUGGUCCUGCAAGGUAUUGAGUGUUUCUUACGAGAUGCUAAGUGCCCUGAGCUCCUUUUGAUUUGAUUUCAAUCAGAGCUGAAGGUAUGCAGCACUUUGGAAGAUCAAGUCCUACUUGUAUUAAAGUUCAAAGAUUUUGCAGAAUCUAACUUAAACCUUCAGAAUCAAUUGUGAUAACUUUUCGCAUUUCACUCAGCUUGGACAAAGACAAACUAGUCAGAUACACGUUUAUUUAUGGUUGAUUUCUAGUCACUUUGUGAACUGGCACAACUAUGUAAUGUGACUUCUGGAAAUGAUCCCUGGGAAUGGUGGUUAUGUGAAUUAUAAAAAAAAUUCCAUUGGAAUUUUACAAAAAGAAACAUUUCUACUGAUCUUAGACCAUAAAGUUUUUAGAAAAUCUGUCCCUGCCUUUUCAACAUAUGCUUGUAGGGCAGGGAUGGGCAAACUUUUUGGCCCGAGGGCCACAUCGGGGUUGCGCAACUGUAUGGAGGGCCGGGUAGGGAAGGCUGUGCCUCCCCGUACAGCCUGGCCCCUGCCCCUAUCCGCCCCCUCCCACUUUCCGGCCCUGACUGCCCCCUUCAGAACUGCUAACUCAUCCAACCCCCCUAACCGCCCCCUCUCAGGAUCCCUGCCACCUAUCCAACCCCCCUGACCCCUGACUGCCCCGACCCCUAUCCACACCCCCACCCCCUGACAGCCCCCCACGGGACUCCCAACCACCCUCUGCUCCUCGUCCCCUGACCACCCCCUCCCAGGACCCCCCGCCCCUAACUGCUCCCUGGGAUCCCACCCCCUUAUCCAACCCUCCCUGUCCCUUGACUGCCCUCCCAACCCCUAUCCACGUCCCCCGCCCCCUAACAGGCCCCCCCGGGUCUCUCACUCCCAAGCCUCCCUGUUCCCCAUCCCCUGAUUGCCCCCCCAGAACCUCUGUCCCAUCAAACCGCCCCCUCCUUCCUGAUUGCUCCCCAGGAUCCCCCACUCCCUUACCCAAUCUCCCUGCCCCCUUACCAGCUGCAGGAGCUCGCAGACGUGACACCUGGCCAGAGCCAGCUGCGCUCCCCACGCUGCCCAGUGGCAGUGGCAGGUCAGAGCACAGCCCACAUGGCUGAGGGGGAGGGGCCGGGGACUUGGCUCCCCGGCCAGGAGCUCAGGGGCCGGGCUGGAGGUGGCCCGCAGGCCGUAGGUUGCCCACAUCUGUUGUAGGAUUUUUUGAUCAUGGAUGUGGGCAUCGGUGAAUGUAUGUUAUAUUUGCAGAAUUGGUUGUUUUAGUGUAAUAUAACAAUUUUUAAGACAUAUACAAUGAUGAUCUGCAUAGGGAAAAGGGUUGUUGUUCUUUGCAAGUCUAUUUUCCCUUAAGUAGUACAGUGUUGAGUAAAGUGAUUUAUCUUGUACUGUUUUUCUCAUUUGUAUCCAAUACUUGUGUCUGAUGAGGGACUGAAACUGAAGUUUGGGUCUGUGCUCUUUAAUCUCUUGCUGAGAAGGGAUUAAAGCAUCAUGGAGUGUGAUGGGCUCCAUCUCUGAAGUGAAGGGAUCAGCUGCUCUGUAUUGUGGCACCUUGUUGCCUGCAGUCUAACUAGCAAUGUAGGCCUUUUUCUUUUUUUUUUUUCCCCUUCUAGACUGAUAACUAGUAGGAUAUGUUUGCAAACAAACAGUGAACUAUAUGAAGUUUAUACUUAUGCUUUUUUGUAAGCUUUGGUUUUAGCUAUAUUUCUUUACUGGUCUAAUGUGUUAAAAUCUGGGAGUGAUUGCUGAUAUUUUAUGGUAGAACACAAUAUUUGUUACAUGGUGACAUUAUUACAGUAUUAUAGUGCUGGAAAAAAUCAGGUGUUAAAAUACACUUCCCAUGUUCCUAUAAGCUGUAAAUUAUGAAGCUGGUUAUUUAAAUGUAUGUUUUCUUUCCAUUAGUCAGUGCCAAUGGUGGGUGAUGGAGAGAAUCUCUCUUGCUAAUGUCAAAGUAUUUUAAAAUCCUAGAUUAUUUUGCUGCCGUUAUGGUUGUACUGUAACUUACUCCAAAUGCCAAACCUUAAAUACUGAUUUGACUCUU